GGUGGGCCGCCACGAGGUUCUUGAACCUUUCCAGGGAUCCGCGGUUCCAGAACCGACCGAAGGAAGAAGACUCGGGUUUGGAUUGCAGGUGGGGAUCGGAAUCGUCUGCUAGUACGAGACAUCGCCCGGUCGUCACAUCUCGGGCAUCCACCGUGUCGUCCGUACACGUCCAGCAACGUUCUCCGACGUUCGUCAAGAGUCGCCGAAGCGAUCGGUCCUACGAAUUCAAGCGGGAAGUAACUUUGAUAAAUUCGAGUAAAAUCGCGAUCGAAGUUUGGACAAAGAGAUAUUUUGCUCAGCGCAUUCGGUCCAAGUUGAACGGGAGACGACGAUUGUAUAUGAUCGACACCGAGUGCAGGACAGCUUGACAGGUUUUUUCCAGCCGGGUGGAGAAAAACUCAACCGAUCAGCCGAUCAAUGUUAUCGAUCAACAUGCGUAUAUUCAAGACCGUGUUGCUCAUCGGAGCUUUCGGUGCGAGCGUGCGGUGUCUGCCCGUCGCCGACGAGCUGCUCGGGUCCACGACCGAGGUCACCUCGGUGACACCGCAAGAGAUAGCCGCGACCACGGCCGAAUCGACACCCGGGCAUUUCGAUCCUGCGACAGAUUACUACGAUCAGCGGCAGAAUGGCAGCGAAAACUGGCGCAUCCAUGUAGACGGUGUGGUGCUUGUGUUCGCACCGGUCGAAACGCUGCUCCUGGCCGGCCUCGCCGGCUCCAACUUAUCGAUACCCGACGGCGGAUCCACGAUUCCGUCUUUCGGCGAUCUGGACAAGCCUAGCAUCGACGUCAUCAAUAAAACUGAGCCGGCGAUCUCGAAAACAUACAGCAUGAAUAAACCAGCUUUACGACUGGCGAAUUUCUUCGCGCCCUUUAUACGUCGCUUACGCCAUGAACAGGAAACGAGCGUGCAUUAAAGCAACUCUGUAAUACUCGCAACUCCAAUAUGCGUGGUGUUUCGCAUAUAGCAUAUAUUUAAAAACCGGUACUUUCUCAUAGAUUUCGCUGUCUCAAAAUAUAAUUGUUGGAAACAAGAUCUUAAAAAAUUAUGCUUUGCAGGGAUAGGAUUAUCUGCAUCUACAGGGAUGAUGGACGAGUACUCGUAUAACAUAACGUGUACGACCGACCGACUUGAUGUCGUACCGCAUGCAUUUAUAUGGUGUUUAGUAAUCAAUAAAGGGACGCGCCGAUUGCUUACUAUUAGUAGUUAUUUAGCAAGCUCAUUUCUCGUAGCUUGAGAUAGCUUUUAAAAUACACAAUCACAGUUUCAUUGAUAUUAUUCAUGACGAACGAUUGAACUCCGUAUCUCUAUAUAUAUUUUCACGUUGCUUAGCUUAAAAUGCAAUAUUUAACUGUUACUUUCUCAUCGCGUUGCGGUAGAGGUGUGUGUCACACAAUAUAUGCAACUAUUAUUCAUUCGCUUGCGAGCCAAUCGAAUAUAUUAGCGGCGGUCAGCUAUGAAUGCCUUGCAAUCUCACUCAUGGAUGCGAUCAUUAAUCGUAAAACUGUGUAUUUACGCGAUAGUACUGUUUUAAUUAAGUAUAGAAUUAUGUAUACACAGCGCAGUGGCGCAUUCGCGUGUAUCUUGAUAUGAAAAUUUAUUUGAUUAAACAUUAAAAUACA